GACGCUCGCGAGACUAGAGGGUAGGUGGGGCGAGCCGCCGGUUGGCGCCGAGGGCGGCUUCUGUGAGGAAAGCCGACGUUAACCUCCUGCUGGCCUGGCUGCUCCCGACAUGAGCGGCCUGGAUGGGGCCGAGAGGCAGCCUCUCCCCGAGCCCCGCAGGCUCUCUGCUCCUGACGACGCCCCGGGAGACCCGGAGCCAGCCCUGUGCCCGAAGCUCCGAGGGGAAACCGAGGCGUCCCAGGUGAUGGCGGAGACGGGUGAGGGAAGCGUGAAGGCCGCCGCGCUCUCACCGCCCCAGCUUCCAGAGGAGCUGGGAGCGCCCCCCGACCGCGCCGGCUGCGGCCAGACUCGCCGGCUCCGAGGAGGUGGGGACGGCAGUUGCGUGGCGACCGAAGCGGGGCGGGAAGAGGCCCCGCCUCCCACAGAGGGCCUGGCGGCGGCGGCGGCGGCGUCCGUAGCAACGGACUGCAGCCUGGAAAACGGCUGUGGGCGUGGAGAGCCGCGCGGCCCGGGCGGGGAGAAGGCCCUGGAAGCCUGUGGCGCAGAGAGCGCGGGGUCUGAGGUGAUGGCGGAGGCGAGGGCCGAGGAAGUGAAGCCCGAGAAGCUCCCGGUCUUCUCCGUAGCAGUGGCGGAGGAGGAGGGAGUGGGGCAGGCGAUGGAGGUGGGGGAGAAUCCCGGGAUUGAAGAGCCAGAAACGGUGGAAGGACGUGGAGCGGCCGGGCAGGUGCGGGAGGAGGCGGGGCCGCGCGCCCUGGACGUGGAGCUCCGCAUGAACCCCCUGGAGGCCAUCCAGCUGGAGCUGGACACUGUGAACGCUCAGGCUGACCGGGCCUUCCAGCAGCUGGAGCAGAAGUUCGGGCGCAUGCGCCGACACUACCUGGAGCGGAGGAACUACAUCAUUCAGAAUAUCCCGGGCUUCUGGGUCACUGCCUUUCGGAACCACCCCCAGCUGUCGCCCAUGAUUAGGGGCCAGGAUGCAGAGAUGUUAAGAUACAUAACCAAUUUGGAGGUGAAGGAGCUCAGACACCCUAGAACUGGCUGCAAGUUCAAGUUCUUCUUUCGAAGAAACCCCUACUUCAGGAACAAGCUGAUUGUCAAGGAGUAUGAGGUCAGAGCCUCUGGCCGGGUGGUGUCUCUCUCCACUCCAAUCAUAUGGCGCCGGGGCCACGAACCCCAGUCCUUCAUUCGCAGGAACCAAGACGUCGUCUGCAGUUUCUUCACGUGGUUUUCAGACCACAGCCUUCCGGAGUCUGACAGGAUUGCGGAGAUUAUCAAAGAGGACUUGUGGCCAAAUCCACUGCAGUACUACCUGAUGCGUGAAGGAGCCCGUCGACCCAGACGUCGCCCAAUAAGGGAGCCCGUGGAGAUCCCCAGGCCCUUUGGGUUCCAGUCUGGUUAAACUUCGCCCUUGGGAAUACUCCUGCACAAGGUCCCCUGCCGCCUCUUGCUGGACGUGUGCUUGGGCAGCAGAAAUGGGUAUGCCUUCUACUUUUUUUUUUUCCUGACAUUUCUGCAAAUUUUUUCCUCUGGACAUUUGGUUCUUUCAGCCUCCAGAUCGAGACCUUCAUGGCCACGCUCCUCCACGUCCACAUGGCCCUCAUGCUGUUCUGUAUGACUGUCACAUGCUGCAUGGCCAUGAUUCACGCCACUCCUGAGGCAACCAAAUGAUGCUGUUGAUUGCACGCCUUUGUCUGCACUGGUUGGACCCUGUUUGUUCUCAGGGCUUUUGGUUUGGCUCUUACCACCUGUAGUUCUCGCUUUGUCUAGGAGCCCAUUCUACCCACUUUGCUCAGGCAUAUAGCCUGUGGACAAUUGCGGGGCAUUAAUGACAGCAAGGGAGAGCCGCAGUGGGCCAUUUGGUCUUUGUGUCUUUGUGAUUUAUGUAACUGUAGUGCUCCUCUUGCACCUCUGGUCUGCUCUUCUUGUUGCCUGCUACCAACUAUGCCUGACACCCCUCUACCCGCCUUUGUCUGCAACCUACUGGAUGAACAUCUUCCAGACCAUUGUCAGCCCCAGUGUCUGGUUUCUGGUAAACAAGAAUCUCCAGAACUGGCAGUGGACCCAGGUUCCUGCCAGCACUCAAAAGACUUCGAUUCCUUACCUGCUCUUCCCUCCAAAAGCAUCAUCCAGGAACCCUACUGACUGUUAGGCGAGUGGUUGAGGUGACAAGUUGGACCUUGUCUUCAUGGCAAGAGUUAGGAUGGUGUCUAUUCCAAGUACCAGGCUUCUCAGUCUCAACUAGUGAAUUUACACAAAACCUAGGUAGCUCUUUGCGUCUCCUUUCUUCAUCCUGAACAUGAGUAAGUGCCAAGGUGGCAGUACACUUCCUGUCUCUCUCUCUCUCGCCUGUCUCUUAAAAAAAAAAAAGUGAUAGCUCAGAAGCAUCUGCAAAAGCAGACCUUUUAGUUUAAUUUGGCUCUCCUCAUUAUUUCCAGGGACAGGAAAGUAGACUGCCAGAGCUCUUAAUUCCCUCUGUUCUCUUCCCCACCCUCUCCUCCACCUUAGUAAUACCUAGAGGGUUUAAAGGGAGGCAGUCUAGAUGGAAUGAAAAGUGUUGCCUAGUUGAUAGUGGAUGGAGGAACUGAAGAGAUUGUUAUGGUUGCUCUAGGCAGGGGAAUCUGAACUAAAGACCGCAGGCAAAAAUGAGCCAGGUAAAAAUUGGGCCUAAAAUUAAGACUGGCUGACUGGGAGCCUUCAAGGAAGAGGUUCUUUCUGUGUCAGUGGUGAUAGCACAAGAAAUACUUUACCUCAGGAUUUCUAUGGGAGAAUCGAAAGAGAUUGGAGUAUUAAAUAGGUUGCCUAGAGAAGAGUUCUUUAAAGAAACACAAUGCAACUUUGGUUGCUUUCUCUCUUGUUUUUAUUUAAUUUAUGCAGAAGAUCAGUACUGUGUCCUUUAUUUCACUAGUAUUUAUAAAAUCCUUUUAUUUUCUCUGUUUCUGCUUACUGGGAAAAUUCAGCUGUACAGGCUUUCUUUUGCUUUCAAUUGGGAACAUUUGGAAAAAUAGCAAGUUUAUUUUCUUGUAUGAUAUAAAGACUUGAAUAUUCAUAAUGGUUUUCAACUUGUUCUCCUUUCUGUUAAAACUAUAUCUUAGAAAUAUAAUUUGAAUAACUUGGUCUUGUUAGAUUCUGAAGACUGUGGAAAUUGUUGUCUUCAUAGAAAAAUAACCUACAAAAAAUGUGUGGCUUUGUCUUAACUUGAUAAUUUGCCCCGGUAACACUUUAGUAAUUGAUGUGUCUCUUUUCCUAAAUAGCAUUAAUACUUCGGAGAUUGCUCUGUCAAAUUGAAAGUGUACCAUUGGCAUAUUUGUCUUUCUUUAUAUGCAUGAUAGUACAAUAAAAGCAUGUUACUCUGCUAGA